AUGCCAAAACCAUUCACAACACAAAAAGGCAAGAUAGGCACGGCCGCCGUAACAGCAAAGUUAUCAUUGAUUUUGGAUAUUAACAAUGUUCUCUGUCGACCUGUAUACAAGACCGAGGGUACGACCUACAAUGUUAUCACGUCCGACCAGGUGAAGCUACCUGGUUCAGGACAAUCGAACCAAAUAUUAUCUGCAGACAAAGAUACGGACGCAGUUCCUUGUCAUGGAGAGCUGAUACCCCCCAAAAUAUUGAUUGAAAGUAGCGAAGAUGAAGGUCAAUCUGAUCAGACUAACGUAUCUGCCGCAAAUAUGGCCGUUUUACCAGUCAGGUGCAACACCACCAAUGCUGAAUUACAUAAAAGAAGAUUUGGCUCUGGAGGUAGAGGCCGCUCUAUAAAAGUAGGCCAAAAUUGGUAUACUCCGAUUGAAUUCAAGGCGUUAUGUGGCAGAGCGUCUACUAAUGAUUGGACAAAAAGCAUACGAUUCGGAGGAAGGAAUUUGGAAAAAUUAAUUGAUGAAGAAAUCUUGAAACCACACGCAACCUCUUGUUUUUGUGCUAUAUGCUGUGAUGACGAUAGUGCAACAAGCCCUGUUCGAUUACAUACGCCAAGGCGAAGAAGAAAGAGGCAGGUUUCUGGUGGGGAGUCUCCAUGUUAUAAUUAUGAGAGUGACAAUUCCAGAAAUGAAAGUGACAAUGAAGUUGUUGUUCUUGAUAAGGAAGUGUGUCCACAACUUGUUUCAAUGGAUAGGUUGCUUGUACGGCAACCGCAACAUCAAGAUACUGUUGUACAGAAUGUACAUCAAACUGAAGAUGAACAGAAUGCUGAUGAUAUAUUAAAAAACCUAGAUGAAGUGUUUAAUAAACUAUUACAUUUGGUAUUAGAGUUUAGAAUAAACGUGGAAAAAGCAAAAGAGUUGAAAAGGCGGUAUGAUAAAGUUAAAAAGGGUCGUGAGUAGUUUGUAGAUAUAGCAGCUAUUGUUUUUAAAAUAAAAAAUGUUAUACAACGAA